AUGGAGAUUUCUCUUUGCUAUGGCGGCAAUGCGUGGGCUAGACGAGGCUCUCUAGUGCGCUGCGCGGCUUCUAGGGAUGGAAAAUCCGGUCUUCUAUCGUGGAUGAGGAGCGCGGCGCCACACGAGAUCUUGGGGCUCUCGGCAGCGCGAGGAUUUGGCUUGGACGAUGUCAAGGCGGCAUUUCGAUCCAAGGUGAAGGAGUACCACCCGGAUGUGUAUCGGGGCGCCGAGGAUCCGGAGGCCAUCACACAGUGCCUGAUUCGGGCUUACGAGGAGCUCUCGCUGGAGACUAAACCAAGCAUUGGACAAAAGAGGAGAUCUCUCGAUCCUUUCCAAGAGCCGGAAGGAGAAGCGAAUGAUAUCUUUGUGAAUGAGCUUCUCUGCAUUGGAAAAGCCUGUCCUUACUCUUGCGUGGAACGAGCUCCAUCAGUGUUUAGAUACAAUCCAGAAACUGGACGAGCUCAAGCUGUUGUUCAAGGAAGAAGUGGCGACUACUCUGUGCAGCUAGCCGUCGGCCAGUGCCCGAGAAAUUGCAUCCACUACGUAACCGAAGAACAAGGGAAAGUCCUGCGAGACUUGCUUCACAGAGCUUCGAUCGAUCCUUACAACUCCGAGGAUUUCACGACGAUCCAAGGCCUGAUCGCGCGCGCCGCUUAUGAAAAUGGAAGAUACAGGGGCCCCAAAAGAAAACCAAAGCGUAGUGACAAAAUGGUAGAUUACUAUUAAAAAUAAUUUCUAUUUCGCUGAGGAAUAUUCUAAUUUGUUCGGCAUUAGGGUAA